UGCGUGAGAGGAGACGAGACGAUGGGUUGGUGAUAAGCGUCCCAUUCUGUUGAUUUUACAACGUGUCUCCGGAAAACAAGUAGUUUUAAACCUCACAAAAUGAUUCACGGAUAUAUAUUGCUUACUGUAAUAUAUGCCACUGCUGGUUUCAACAUAUUCAUGAAACCUGUCAGGCAUUUUCAAAUGAAAGAUGACAACCUAUUUGGACAAACUAUCAUUGAGUCUCAAGAGGGGGUAUUGGUUGCUUCACCUAGUUCAACAGUCCAACUGCUGCAUUGCACUAUGGAGAAGGAAAAUUGCACUGAAGUGUACAUCACAGAAAAUGUGAGAAAGGGUUUGAAACCAAUUGUAUCAGCAGCUAAAAAAACUGAUGAACAUCAGCACAUGGUCUGCCAACAGGUCAGGAAAAAGAAGGCAAUCAAUGAAGAUCUAAAUGGAAACUGUGUCCUGCUUCGAGAUCUGCAGAGAACUGAGGAAAUGUCCCCUUCAUCACUUGUUGUACGAGAAAUGAAAAUGAACAACAGCAGCAGCAACAACAACAACAACAACAACAACAACAACAACAACAACUGCAACAACAGCAACAGUCAUAAAGAAGAAAUCGUCAAACAUGAUUUAGAUGAGCGCAUUUCUCGUCAGAGAAGACAUGCCAAUAUAAACAACCACAGCAGCAGUGAGGAUGAGAACGAAGAAGAUGCUGGGACGGAGAUUGCCUUUGUUCUGGAUGGUUCAGGGAGUAUUGAGGCUGACGAUUUUGUGAAGGCAAAGGAUUUCAUUUCUAACAUAAUGCAAAAGGUUUGGAACACCUGUUUUACUUGUGACUUUGCAAUUGUACAAUACGGAAAAGAUAUAAGAACUGAACUUUCCCUACUGGAAAAUGACAAUGGCACAAAGGCCAUUGAAAAGGUGAAGAGCAUAAAGCAGAUCAUGGAGUACACAAAAACAGCUUCAGCCAUCAACCAUGUGCUUGAGAAUGUUUUUGUUCCUGAGAAUGGAUCAAAAGCGAACGCCAAGAAGAUGAUAAUCGUAAUCACGGAUGGAAUCAUAUUCCUCGACCCAAUGGACCUCACAGACGUUUUGAACUCGCCAAAAAUCAAAAACAUUAUUCGCUUUGCUAUAGGGGUUGGAGAUGUUUUACAUGAUGCCAAAGGAAUUAAAGAGCUGAAGGAAAUAGCUUCAGAUCCAGAUAAACACUUAUUUAUGGUCAACGACUAUACUGGUUUGGAUGAAAUAUUAGGAAAUUUUGAAAAGACAAUUACUGGAAUUGAAGGUAUCCAGCAGGGGGCAGGUUUCCACUUCGAGCUUGCUGAGGCAGGGUUCAGCUCCCACUUUGCACACGAUGGAAAUCUCCUUUUCGGUGCAGUGGGGGCUUAUGAUUGGAGCGGGGGACUGAUUUUGAAAAACCCUCAGGAUGGGCGUAUAACAUUUCUCAAUGACUCUUCCACGGGACCAAGAUUUUCAUAUUUAGGCUACAGUGUGACGUCUGCACUGGGGCUGAAGGAGACUCUGUACAUUUCGGGGGCCCCUCGUUACAGCCUCACCGGCUCUGUCCUGGUCUUCAACAGCCAGACUCACCAGGUGAUGCAGACAUUACCUGGAUACCAGGUGGGUUCCUACUUUGGAUCAGUGCUUUGUGUCUUGGACUUUGACAAGGACGGUAAAACGGAUUACCUGUUGGUUGGAGCACCGUAUUACCAUGUCAAAGGAGAAGAGGGCAGAGUGUAUGUGUAUAAACUGAACCAGGCCCAGGGACGGUUUGAUGCAGAGGGUACAGAGUGGAGGGGAACGGACGGGCACGUGUUUGCCAUGUUCGGAUCGGCCAUCGCGGACCUUGGGGACAUCGAUGGGAACAGGUUUAAUGAUGUGGCUGUGGGGGCCCCUCUGGAGGGGAACGAGGCAUCCGGGUCUUCUGGAAGCAUCUACAUUUAUAACGGAUACGAGGGGGGAAUCCAGCCGCGGUUUUCCCAGAGGAUUUCUGCUGCAGAUUUAGGGACCAAGCUGCGGUUCUUUGGCCGAUCGAUCAGCGGGAUGUCUGUGGCACACAAAAACAGACGAGAGUACAUCAGCGUCGGGGGGGAAGGAGGCGUCAUCGUCCUGCAAGCCCUUCCUGUCAUUGUCUUCAAACCAAAACUGGAAGUCAAACCUCCCCACCUUCCCUCAGUGGGCACAGACAAGAAUAAACUGUACAAUACACAUGUCACUCUAAAAAUCUGCUUCAAUACAGAAAGAGGGAACAUAAAGGAGGGUCAGCUCCCCAUUUCAUAUCAGGUGGAUCUUGAUGAUGCUCAAGCCUCAAAGCGCCUGUCUUUUGCUAACGGUGUGUCCAAGGCUGACAUCUUUUACCUGACUCCUGAUAAGGAAUGCCUGGACACCUUCAACCUGAAAUUUAUGGGUUGCCAUGACUGCUUCUCACCCAUUGUAAUCAAGCUGAGCUUUUCUCUGCUUCACAACCUUUCUGCUGGACCUCCACUUCGUGUUCUGGAUAAGUUCAGUGACACAGAAUCUACCAAAAAGCUGCAAUUCCAGAGGGACUGUGAAAAAUGUGUGGCUGACGUGUCCUUGUUGGAGUCAAGGCUGAGCACAGACAUGAUCGUAGUUGGACACACACAAAACCUGAAUAUAGUCUUCAACCUGACAAAUAGGGGAGAUGGGUCCAACAUGACUGCACUGAUUUUGACAUUUCCUAAUAUUCUCCUCUAUAACAAGGUACAGCCAAGUGACAGUUUGAUAGCCUGUCAAAAUGAAGAGACAGAGGGAGAGAGCUCUCAGCUGAAGUGCAAUGUUAUGCAUCCAGUAAUGAGGAGGGAUGCUCAGGUCAGCUUUUCCAUAUCCUGGCAGCUUGUGGACAAGAAAACAGCGCUAAGGACAGCCAGGAUUCUGGCUAAUUUAACAGGUGCAAAUAAUGGAGGUCAAGUCCUGGAUAAUAAAAGCUACAACUCUGUGGUAAAGAAUGCCCUGAAAGUCCAGCUCAUGGGGAAGGCAAACCCUGAAUUUCUGACCAUAAACAAUGAAGACCAAACAGAUAAAAAUAAUCUUACAUUUACCUUUGAGAUAUAUGGUGAGAACAAAUACAAUGCCACACUGUUUGUAAACAUACGCAUACAUCUGCAAGCAGGGAGUACUGAGCUGGAAAUCACAGAAAUAUCAAAGGGAAAAUGUAAUUUCACCCAAGGGCGUUUGAAAACAGCACAGGACUCUUAUUGCAUCCGCUGUGCAGUGGGAGAGUUGCAGGACAUGAUUGUUAUCAAAGCUGAGGCCUUCGUCAAACAUGUUGAGGGCAGCUCAGAGAUGGUCAUGGCUAAAGCAACGCUGGAAUUUGACAGAGAUCAGUAUGAGCUCAUAGAGAAAGGCAGCCCCAGUGAACUGGUCCAGGUACCGAUCACUAAGCCUGAAACAGUGAGGUCAACUGCUGCGCUCAUAGGAGGCUCUAUCGGCGGCUUCCUGCUCCUAGCCAUAAUCAUCGCCAUCUUGAUAAAGUGUGGUUUCUUCCGGAGCCGGUACUCAGUGGAGCAAGCAGACGGUACAGACUGAUGUCUGUUUUUGGCUUCCUGUUAAACCAAAGCUUGAUUGAUGCUAUCAGAUAAAGUAUUAUGGAUUAUUUCUGUUUUUUUGGUUUUCAUCUGUAGGAAAACUUGAAGAUAUUUUUUCUUUUUUAUCAAUUUGUUUUUGUGCUUUGUAAUGUUUGUAUUUUUUGGUUUGUUUUAGUUCUCCUAUUUAAUUUCACUGCCUGCUAUUUACAGAAUUUGGAAAGCCAAAAGCCUGGUAUAUUCAUUGCAAGUGUCGUUUGACCGUUGAAUGUCUUGUUGCCAUUUUGCUGAUCUGUGUCACAGGAAAGUCAAAUAAAAUGUGAAUAUCAAAAAUGGACAUGCUCAGAUUCAUACCAAUCAUUUUCAGUAAGGAUUGCAUUUACUGUUGAGAGCCAUUCAUGUCAGUACCAAGGCAGUGGCAGCAGUGACCACCCAGCUGAGUGGUGCACAGGGGCUAUUUUGCCCCAGAAGUCUAUGCAAUUGGGAGGGGUCAUGGUCCUGAACUGCUUUCACUGAAUUAGCUGCAGCAAAGGGAAAGAGAACACCCCAAUCAAAUCUGUAUCUUUUGUUUUGGGUUAAGUUUCAUGUUAAAAUGUUUCUUUAUCAAACUAGAACCUUACUGAUAUGGCAUCUGGAAAGGUUGUAUGAGAUAGCUUAAUGAUUUAUUUUCCACACCCACAUAUACAGGAUUUGGGUAAAAUUAACCUUCAAAGGUUGUUGCUGAAUGUAAGGUUAUUCCUUUUCACCUGUAUUUCUCUAAGGUACUGUUUUUUGACUACUGUAUGAUGUAACAUCUUUUUAAAAUAAAUGAAUUGCUUAAUGGUU